GCAGAAAGAAAAAUUGAAAAUAAUGCAGGGGAGAAAAGAGCACGGAGUGAUUGUGGCGAAAUUCUCGCCGUCGCAGCAGAAUCUGAUAGAGCAGUUGCAGGUCAAGUACAAGGAGUUGGAGAAAGGGUUCCAGGCAUGGCUGGCCAAGUAGACUUUGCUGGUGGAGACGACAGUUAAUUCCGCCAUCAACGGUGCCCAGGGUGCCGCCAUGGGUUACUUCAUGGGCAUCCUCACCAAAGACGUCUCCACUUCUAUGCCAACUGCUUCCCAGGCUAACCUUAACCCCCAAGCCAUGGCUUCUUUCCAGCAAGCCCAGGUCCCAAUUUCUGUUCCUUAUGAACAAUCCCUAUUUUAUCUCUCUAUGAAUUUGAGGAUGUUCAGUUCCAUGUUACAUUUUUCCUGUAUAUAAUCUCCAAAUUUUCUGAUGUUUACCUGCAGUGAUGAUACCUUCUCUUGUUGCUAUGGCCUGUUAGGUUCUUCCAAAAUAAACAGCUGAUGAAAAAGUCAUAAACUUUAUCUCGUAUACUAAUUAAGUUACAUCUUUUAAUUUCAGGAAUGGUAGUAGAAAAAAGUGUCAUCUUUAGGAAUUACUUUCAAUUGGGUCUUUUUUCUUGUGUUUCUUGGAAUUGAUUCUGUUCUUAUCAGUGCAUUAGCUUGAGAUACGUGAAGCCUCUUUUGUAUAGUAUUUGUAUAAGCAUUGAAUGAGGUCUUUAUUGAUAUAUAUUAACAGGCUCUAGCAGGGGGUCCUCUGAUACAAGCUCGAAAUUUUGCUGUAAUGACUAGUGUUAACGCAGGCAUAUCUACUGUAAUGAAAAGAUUGAGAGGGAAGGAGGAUAUUCAAAAUAGGUGACUUCUUUUAUCUAUCAUCUACCCUUUUCCUAUUCA